AAGAGCAGUAAAGCAGCGGUCGUCCAGUCUCAGGUUCCUCAUUCUGUUUGUGUGCGUCGCGUCAAUGAGAGGAACGGCGCUCGCGCUCGACGCUUAUUUCUCUCAGAAACGUUUUCUUUUAAAUGAGAGUUAACCGCUUUUUCUGACAUUUGACAGGAAACAUGGGUUGUAAAAAAUCCAAGUUGGAUGGUGACCAAAAUGGAGGUGUGCUUGAAGGGAACAAACGCCAGCCAGUACGUACUGACCAAACUGUAUAUGUGAGAGAUCCAACCUCCUAUAAGCCUCAUAUAAAUAAUCAGACCCCCGGACUCCUGCCUGGUCAGGUGUUCCAAAAAAUGGAAGAAAAGGAAAAAAUAGCCAUUGCUUUGUAUUCAUAUGACGCCAUACAUGCUGAUGAUCUGGGCUUUAAAAAAGGAGAGAGGUUGAAGAUUCUUGAAGAGCAUGGCGAGUGGUGGAAGGCAAAGUCAUUGACCACCAGAAAGGAAGGAUUCAUUCCUUCAAACUAUGUUGCAGAAGCAGACACUAUCGAGACAGAAGAAUGGUUCUUCAAAGACAUCACGCGGAAGGAUGCAGAGAGACAGCUGCUGGCACCUGCUAACAAACCUGGGUCUUACCUUAUACGCGAAAGUGAAACCUCAAAAGGAAGUUAUUCAUUGUCGAUCAGAGAUGUGGACGCUCAGGGGCUGGAUAUUGUUAAACAUUAUAAAAUCAGGUCACUAGAUAAUGGUGGCUACUACAUCUCUCCAAAAAUCACAUUCAGUGAUAUCAGCAGCAUGAUAAAACAUUACCACAAACAACCAGACGGAUUGUGUCGAAAACUAGAGAAACCUUGUGAGAAGCCAAAAGCACAGAAACCAUGGGACAAAGAUGCAUGGGAAAUCUCUAAAGAAUCCAUAAAGAUGGUGAAGAAGCUCGGAGCAGGGCAGUUUGGAGAGGUGUGGAUGGCCUACUAUAAUAACAGCACAAAAGUGGCGGUGAAAACGCUGAAGCCAGGGACAAUGUCGGUGGAGGCUUUCCUAGAGGAGGCCAACCUGAUGAAGACCUUGCAGCACGACAGACUCGUGCGCCUCUAUGCUGUGGUCACCAAAACUGAGCCCAUCUACAUCAUCACUGAGUUCAUGGCGAAUGGAAGCUUAUUGGAUUUCUUGAAAAGUGCAGCUGGCUGCAAAGUACAGUUACCGAAGCUAAUAGAUUUUUCUGCACAGAUAGCUGAAGGUAUGGCCUACAUUGAGAAGAAGAAUUACAUCCACCGAGACCUGAGGGCAGCUAAUGUGCUGGUUUCAGAUAGCCUGUUGUGCAAAAUAGCAGAUUUCGGCCUGGCCAGAGUAAUUGAGGAUGACCAAUACACAGCCAGAGAAGGAGCAAAAUUUCCCAUCAAAUGGACGGCACCCGAGGCCAUCAACUACGGUUCUUUCACCAUUAAAUCCGAUAUGUGGUCCUUCGGGGUUCUCCUGUAUGAGAUCAUAACAUACGGGAAAAUUCCGUAUCCAGGCAUGAGCAACAGUGAAGUCAUGAGCUCCGUUCAAAGAGGAUACCGGAUGCCCCGUCCUGAAAACUGUCCCGCUGAACUUUAUGAGGUCAUGACCUCGUGCUGGAAGAACAGACCAGAAGACCGGCCCACGUUCGACUAUAUUCAGAGUGUACUAGAUGACUUCUACACAGCCACCGAGGGCCAGUACCAGCAGCAGCCAUGAGAAAACAUAUAUUUGUACUUCUUCAAGAUGAUCAAAAGAUCUGUGAUUUAUCUGUGAAUCUAAUAUGUAACUAAUAAUGGGAUCAAUCUGCUUACUUGUAAGCAAGGUUCAGAUUUUCUAUUUCUGCUUCAAAUUGAAGUUUUAACAGCCUGUUUGUUACUUUUGCUCUUCUCGUUCAUAUUUCAAUGACUGCAUUUCAAUUUGUAAAUAUAUUUUUAUGUUUUAAGUACCCCACCAAAGUUUCGUUGUUGUUGUUUUUUUUUAACAAGGAGACUCAAACUUGAGUCUGGGGGCUGCUAUCUGCAAAUAAAUAAAAAAAAACAACUUUGACUUUUAAGGGCUGUCAAAGUUAACUGUAAAGCUGUUUUGGGAUAUUUAUUGCAAAAGGAACUAUACCAAUACAUUCACAAAUAUGCAAAAAAAAAAACUAAAUUGCUGCUGGGGUGUAGAAAGUGGAUACGGGAUUCUUUUGCAUCAAAAACACUUUUGAAUCCAAGGCGCUUGAGUAAUGUGGAAUAAUUAAAAAGCUGGCUUUUAACAUGGCUUAAUAAUUAAAAACAAAGUUGUUUUUACUUAUAAAGCCUUGUGAAUAAAGGCUUUUUUAAUUAUUUCACAUUCCUUGGAUUUCUAAGUAUUUUUGAGCUAUACCGAUACAUUUGAACAUUUGAAUUGAAAAGACAUUGAGAUACAUUCACAAAUGCUUAAAAUGAACACUGUAAAGCAUUUGUAUUUUAACUGUCACACAUUUUCUUAAAAGGAUGUGAAUAAUUCAUAAAUGACAUUAUGCCUGUAUAUUUUAGUAAAAGGCUCUCUCUAAAUAGAUCAUUUAUAUUUGGAGGUUCUUGGGAACAAAAUGUUUGAAAACCUCUGGUUUAAAUUGAAACAAUGACUUACGGAAUCCAUUCACUGUAAAGAGAUCGCAAUGUUUUGUUUUUUGAUUACAUAUUUUAAUAACAAUAUUGAUAAUGUUACAAUAAUGAGCAGUGACACAUGGCAAUAUUUUGUAAGCCUCUCAAUCGCCUUGUGUUUGAUUAGCUAUAAGAAUGAAAUGCUUUGAAUAUUUAAAAUAUUUUGUAAAUUUGUACAUUAUCUAGAAAACUAAUAAAGUGAAUCUUUUUUUGAUUGA